AUGUCUCAACCCCAACCCAAGAAAAAACAACCCACCUCGACAAAACCAGCAAACCCCAAACCCCAAACAGGCUGGAUCUGGCCCAAAGACCCACGACCAGGAAACCCAACCCGCUGGUCCCGCCUCAAACGCUUCUCCGACGUCCUAACCGGCAAAGGCCCGGACAUCUACGUGGGAACCAUCGGGAAACAUCCCCCCGCAAGGAAAGACAAAGAUACACCCGGACGAACAGUCUCAAGCACCAAUUGGGCAAGAUGGGAUCUCGAGCCCAAGGAAGAAGACACCCCGUUCCCAUGGGCACGGCGCGGGAAGCAGGAAAAGUAUGAUUACAGUACUCGCAAGUACGGGGUUCCCAGUGAGAAGACGUGGAGUGCGGUGGAGUAUGCGGAUUGUGAGGUCCAGUGUGGGAAGGGGAAGGGGAAGAAGAAGGUUAUCCAGACGGCGCCGAUUAGGUUUUGGGAUCGGGAUGGGAGAGUGGGGAGGGUGGGGAUGGUGGGUGUUGUCGGGAUGGAGGAGAUCAUUGUCAUUGUCAUUUUGAUUAUGAGCUUCAUGAGCAUGAUUCGGCGUUGGGGAGCUUUGAAUGUGUUGAUGGGUAUGCGUAUCCUGUUCGGAGCCAUUGUCCUGCUUGUGGGAUGUGAUGGAUGCUUCUGA